GACACUUCCGUGUGUCCCAUAUGUUUGUGGCCAGGGAUGAUCUGUAUAAGUAUUCUGGAAACUUGGAAGUUAUGGGAUUCGGGUUAACAGAUUUUGCAUCCGAUCCAAGUCCCACUUUGCUCAAGGGUAAUGUAAACUAUUUCGACUACGAUACCUGCAAUUCUAUGCUUCGGCGUUCCAAAUCUUUGGCAAAGGGACUUACAACCGAUAUGUUCUGUGCCCGGGCUCCUGAAACGGAUACAUGUCAGGGCGAUUCCGGGGGACCAAUUCAAAUUGAGCUUUCCGACGUUAGCAAAGCCAUUCCAUUUCUGGUUGGGGUAACCUCAUUCGGUACCGGAUGCUGGAAUGGAUCGUUUGGAGUCUAUACUAAGGUGGCCAAGUAUAUGGAUUGGAUCCGGACCAUAGCUACGGAUGUUCCAGCGAAUCCUUUAGAAUGCGCUCGUCAAUCACAAUGCUUAGCGGCCAGAAAAUUCUCGGACAGUCGAAUAUCUCCUCAGAACAAUUCUCCAUUCUUCAGGGUUGAACUUCAGAUUUCCGAUAAAAGCUUCAAGCAGUGUAGCGGUGCGCUGAUCGACUAUCGACAUGUCCUAACUUCGGCAACUUGUACUCAAACGGAAGAAGGACAAGCGCCAACUCACAUUCUUGCUGCAGAUCAGUCUAUCCAAAUCAUUGAUAUCACGAGACAUCCUUCUUGGGAACCAGAAUCCAGUUACAAUGAUCUCGCUGUCUUGAAGUUAGAAAAGUACUACAAUCCUCACAAAAUCUAUCAAAUCGUUGCGCCCGGUUGCGUCUGGAGGAAAGAAGCUAUUCCGGAACCGAUUGUGUUUUAUUCCGGGUAUGGGCCGGAUUUCACAGGUGUUUCGAUGAUUAGUUCGGCAAAUGUUUCGUUGAAGAUUCUUACCGCUUUCAAUCAGGAGAAUGGGAAGUGUAACGAAAGUUACAGCGGCAAGUUUAGCGAUGAACUUGAGCAGGGCUUCACCGAGGACUUUGUGUGUGCAGAGAAUCCAGUGGAACUGGUUCCGGGAAUUUGUAAGCUUGAACCAGGUGGCCCCAUCUCUAACUUCCGCCGAGACAACGUCGUACCCUACAUUUACGGGAUCAACACACUAGGAAGCGAUUGUGGUGGAACAGGAAACCUUCUGGUUGCAACCCGCGUUUCAUCAUUCUACUCCUGGAUCGAGAGUGUUGUGCUGAACAAAACCGAUGAGCCCGCUCCAACGACGGAACCACGCUUCGGUAACAUGGGAGAUGAAGAGGUUCCAACUCCAACGGAAGACGACUCUGUGAAUGAAGUGUUUACGCCUGGCGGAAAAGUAAAAAUGCGCAGCGACGUACCCUACGAAGACGAUCUCGUAUCGUUUGUGCUUCCGGGGCUCAUUUCUGGAGACAGUCGACUGACACCGUACGGAGACCAGCUCGUUCCAGGAGGCAUCCAGCAGCUGGCAACCGCUUCAGUUCAUCCACGUUUUGGGGAAGACGACGAUCUACCGAUAACAGUGACAAUCUAUGGAGCACAACUCUCCUAUCUACCAACUAGUACAAAUGAAAUUUUGAGUAUUUUGAAAGGCAUUCCCAUGAUGUCACCUGCUAUUGGUAACAGAAUUAAUAACAAUUCAACCGAUGAAUCCAAAUCAACGGCAGACAUAUUGGCUCACUUAAUCCCUAAACCUACCGUAAUACCACCUACUAGUACAACUACUAGCACAACUACUUCUACUACGACGACUGCAUCCACAACUACAACAACGACUAUGGUAGGACCAACUCAAGUCAGCUUAUGGCCUCAGGUACCAACACUAGCUCCAUCUCAAAGCAAUUCGUUCUACUACUACCCAAAACCAUCUCAAAUGCCACCACAAGUCCUUCAAAAUCCCUACCUUCCUGGAGUGCCUCUGUUCCAAUCAGACAUUCCUUCAACGGUUGCAUCUCUGAGGCCAGCUUCUCCAAUACCGUCAAAAGCGGCCAGCUCUUCAUUCAGUCUAGUCCGAUCGAUAGAACUCUAUCGUGAUGGUACCUGUAGUCUAAGUUCUGGUCAACCGGGAAUAUGUAUGCACUGGACCCAAUGUCAACUGACUGCCUUAACUCCACUGGAAGCUUUCAACGGUGGUUGGUCCUAUUGCUAUCGGGAUCUACUGGAAGUUUGUUGUCCAAUGAGUGGUGUAUCUAGAAUCAAUUCUAAGCUUCUCGGAUAGUCCUAGUCAAGUUUGUAGGGUGUCGUUGAAGUUUUGCUCAUGUCUGUGGAGAAACGUGCAGAAAAUAAUAAAAAAACAUACCCCGUUAG